AUGGCUAAAGUCGACAUGGAAUUAAAGAAGGCUUUCACCGAAUUGCAGGAAAAACAAACUGAAACAACACAGAAGUUGAGAAUAGCCGACAUUCAAAUAGAGAAUUUGAAGAGAACAAAACAGCAUGCUUCGAUAACAGAAAGAGAAGUGGGUACUUUAGAUGAAAGCGUUAAAACCUACGAAUCGGUAGGCAGGAUGUUCAUCCUGACACCGAUGGAUAAGGUCAAAGAAAACUUAAAAAUGAAGCAAAACACGGUCGAAGAGAAGAUCAAAGUGAUCGAAAACAACAAAGUUUACUUGGAAAACUCACUGAAAGAAGCUACAAAUAGUUUGAGGGAGCUGAUCCAAACCAAGAAAGAAUCUUGA